AAAAUAUUCGGUGCGUUGUCCUAACAUGUUUAGCUUAUGGAAGCUGUUUGAUGAAUCGAUUUAAUGAAAAAUAGAAGCAGCACAUCAGGGGAUGAAAUAGAACAAGAAAUUCCAUGUAGCACAAGUUCGAAGAAGAGCGGUUUUGCAUAUGUUCGUAUUAAUACCCCUUCGCAGCUAAAAGAUGAAUAUGACAUUGGUCCAGUCAUCGGUGAAGGUACAUUCGGCAUUGUUUAUCAUGCUUCGAGAAAAACUGAUGGUGUGAACUGUGCAAUUAAAAAAAUUUCACGCAUAAACUCCUUCUCUGCAAGCGAGCGUGCUCGUUUAGAUCGUGAAAUAUCUAUAUUAAGACAUGUUAAACAUCCUGGAAUUAUAAAACUUUUAUCUGUUGCUGAAUCACCAAAAGUUAUAUUCCUCAUAACUGAAUUAUGUGAAGGCAAUUCACUAGAUCAUUAUAUGAAACAAUUACCAGAAAAUGCUGGGCUACAAGAAUAUAUUGUGGUAGCUAUUGUAAAGCAAAUAGCUUCAGCUUUAUCUUAUUUGCAUAAUCGAGGUAUUGUACAUAGAGAUUUAAAACCUGGAAAUAUUAUGUUAUUAAACAAAGUAGAAUUAGAUUUUCGUACUAUACCUCCGGUGAACUUUAAGUCAAAUUUUAAAUAUUCAUCGGACAGUAGAAUAAUUUCUUUCGAUUCUCUUAUUAAGCAUCAAAAACCUGAAAAUGAACACAUCGAGGUGCAUAAUGACUCGUGUUCCAGUCACAGUGGUACACGAUCAGAAAUAACAACGACGACAACAAUAACAACUGAAACAAUAUGUUCAUCUGUAUUUACUCGAAAUAAAUCAGUAAAUUCAAGCACAAAACCAUUGCCUGUUUGCUGUAGACAUGAUUCUACAUUAUUAGAAUGUAAUACAAAAACAAAUCAUAAUUCAAACAUCCAACCUAGAAUCCCAUCAUUUCAACUUGAUGAUAAUUAUUGUAUAAAUGUUGAAAAUAAAUAUCCACCUAAAGAAUUACAAACGAAAUUAAUUGAUUUUGGCUUAGCCAUAGAAGUACGCAAAAGUGAAGAAGUAUUAGCUAAUCCAUGUGGUACACUAUUGUACAUGGCACCGGAAGUAUUGAAUGGACGAUCAUAUACACGUCAAUGUGACUUAUGGAGUUUAGGUGUCAUUAUCUUUAUAUUGUUAACAAAUCAAACACCAUUUAAUUCACAAAAUGAAAAACAGUUAAUCAAUGAAUUAAAUCAACCUAAUAUACAAAAGAUAAUAGAAAAAUUAGGCAAUUAUAUAACAUCAUUAUGUAAAGAAUGUUUAAUACGUUUAUUAACUGUUGAUCCAGCUUAUCGUUUAACCGCUAAUCAACUUCUAAUUGAUCCAUGGUUAUCAUUUUAUCCAGUAUAUAAUUCAAAUGAAAUAGUGAAUAAUAAUUUGAAUGCAUCUAAAAAAGAAAAGGAAUAUGAACAAAUGAAUUUAUCAACAAUUCAUUCACUUAAUAAUUUGCCUGGAAAUUCUAUCACAGCAUCUUCUUAUAGUAGUAGUAGUAUUAGUAAUAUUAAUAAAUGUGUUUCUCGGCCAUCAUCAUUUUCUCGUUUCAAGACAACUGAUACAUAUUCUACAACGAAUGUACUUGAAUUAAUGAAACAAUAUCAUAAAGAAUUGAAUAAUUGUAAGCAAAAUGUUGAGAAGGUGAAUCAAUAAGGAUGUCUAUAAUUCACAUCAUAAAUGUCAAUUGAUCAAUAAAAUGUAAUGAUUAUUAUUAAAGAUUAUUCAAUUUAUUAUUAUUACUAUUAUUAUUAUU